AUGAAGCUUUUCCUUUCUCUUCAAAGCCACAGAACCAAGCUCUUCAUGGCCAUGGCCAACCUAGCUCUGUUUCAGCAAGUCCACCGAAUCCACAAGCUUUUCAAUGGAGUCAGAAGACCACGGUGGCGAGGCGAUAGAGACGGUGGUUCGAGGGUUGCGAUCGGAGAGGCUGUUUUUGAGCCUGGUGAGACAAGGUCCAUUCUAGAGGAGGCCAAGACAGAUGGGUUUCCUUUUAAAGAAAGUGUGGUUAUGGCGGUGGAUUCUAGAGACCCAUUUGUUGACUUCAAGAGUUCAAUGGAGGAAAUGGUGGAGGCUCAUGGGUUGAAGGAUUGGGAGGGUCUUGAAGAGCUUUUGAGUUG